UUGUCGAUUCUGAAAACUCAUCAAAUUGGGAAUGGUUUUUGCGUCAUUUGGCCCAAGUUGUAGACGGAGCUCGGAAUUUAACUUUCGUGUCUGAUCGUAAUUUGGGUUUAAUACAAUCGAUGCCCGUUGUCUUCCCCGCGGUGCACCAUGCAUUUUGUUUGUUACAUCUUCAGAUGAAUCUUCGUGACCGGAUGAAAUAUGUUAACGCUGAUCAGAAAGUUGGUCUAAUGAGGAAGUUACGAGAUUGUGCUUACGCACCUACAGUAACGUCAUACAACCAGAAAGUUGAAAUUUUAAAACAAUGUAGCCCAGUAGUGGUUGGUAAUUUUUUAAAAGACCUGCAUCCCUAACAUUGGGCCAACGCGUACUUUAGGGGGUCGCCGAUACGGUGAGAUGUGGUCUAAUGCCGCAAAGUCGUUCAACAAUUGGAUUCGGAAAGCUCGCCACCUGCCCAUUACUCAAUUGGUGGAUGCAAUAAGGGGAAAGAUCAUUGAAAAAUUGUCAAAGCGUAAAGUAAAAUCCAACAACUGGGUUGGAGAACUUUGUCCGAAAAUGGAAAAGUGUUUGAUGUCUGAGUUUCAAGAUAGCAGGCACUGGAUUGUUAGUCAAUCGGAUGAUAACAUUUUUGAGGUUCGGUCCCAGCCAUCAGUGUUAGUUGACGUUGGCAAUCGUUCAUGUUCUUGUUUUCAGUGGCAACUAAAUGGUUUCCCAUGUCCCCACGCGAUUGUUGCUUUUCGGAAUACUGGUAAGAAUGUGUACAAUUACAUUGAACCGUUUUUUCAUGUGGUGAAGUAUAGGGAAGCAUAUGAAGGGUCAAUUCACCCAAUUCCCACCGUGGCAAAACCCAAUUUCACACCAUCAGAUUAUCUCAUUGCACCACCCGUUUACAAACAUCCUCCUGGAAGGCCCAAGCGGAAAAGAAUUCCAUCAAAGGGCGAGGUUGUUCAACACAUUAGGUGUGGUCGAUGUGGCAAAAUGGGCCAUCAUAACAGGAAAACAUGCAAGGAAGCCAUGUAG